AUGGCGGAUGUCGGUACCCAGAUACCCAUCGACAUUCUAAUCAUAAUUUGUGUAAUUCUGAUGACCUCCAUCUGGUUGGGAUGUACUUACUUCUUGGCCAAUCGUCAUCAGAAGGCGGUGCAGCACCUCCAAAACCAGUUGGAUGAACUAUGGCUCCUACAGGCCAAGCCCUCCGUCUGGCCACAUGUUCCAUUCAUUCCAAAUCCCCGAGGGGAGAAUCCACCGGAGUACAUACCACCGAAAAAUCCGCUGGAACAGGAGCAAGAGGCCAAGGAGGCCAUGGAGCGGGCCGAAGUAGCUAGGGCGUAUCUGGCAGCCAAAAGCAAGGAUAAAUUGGAAAAUAGUAAUUCCACAGACACAAUAGAGUUUUAA